AUGAAUAGAUUCAAGUUGAACCAGUUGAUUGGAGCAGGUGCCUACGGAAGCGUUGUUAGGGCAGUUAAUAAAGAGACUGGAGAAGUGGUUGCCAUUAAGAAGAUUAAGCGAACAUACUCCAGUUGGGAAGAAUGUAUCAAAUUAAAAGAAGUACAGACAUUGAGAAAACUUAACCAUCCGAAUAUUAUUAAAUUGAAAGAAGUCAUUAGAGAAAAUCAGGAAUUGUAUUUUGUCUUUGAAUAUAUGGAGGCCAACCUCUAUCAAGUGAUGAAAGACAGAGACAAAUUGUUUUCAGAAUCCAAGAUUAGAAAUAUUAUUUAUCAAGUCCUGCAGGGCUUGGCUUACAUGCACAAAACUGGAUACUUUCAUCGUGAUAUGAAACCUGAAAAUCUUCUUGUUCAUAGAGAUACUGUAAAGAUUGCUGACUUUGGUCUUGCUAAGGAAACACGAUCCAGACCACCAUUUACCGAGUAUGUUUCUACUAGAUGGUACAGAGCACCUGAGGUUCUUAUGAAAUCACAAAACUACAACUCACCAAUAGACAUGUGGGCAGUAGGUGUUAUUAUGGCAGAGUUGUACACAUUUAGGCCACUCUUCCCUGGUAGAAGUGAACCUGAUGAAAUUUUCAAAAUUUGCUCAGUUCUAGGCACACCCACUAGGGAUACAUGGGAAGAAGGACUUAAAUUAGCUGCUAGUAUGGGAAUGAAAUUCCCUCAAUUCGUUCCUACACCUUUGGAAUCCAUCAUUCAAAAUGCAAGUCAAGAAGCCAUUCAGCUAAUGACUGAUUUGUUGAGUUAUGAUCCAAUGAAAAGGCCAACAGCUAGUCAAGCUCUUCAAUAUCCCUUCUUCCAAGUUGGAAUUUCAGCUCCAAUACCUCUCAAGUAUAACAUUAAUAGUAGAGUUCAAUCUGGAAAGAAACAAACAAAUAGUAAUAAUAAUAGUAAUACUGAAGAUUCAUCACCUCUAACAGGAAACAAAGGCCCUACCUUGAAUGUACAAUAUCAGGGCGUAAAAUCCUAUCCUCCCUACCCUAUUCAACAACCUCAACAACCAGUAUAUAAUAAUGCUUCAACACGAUCUCCUGGUAAUCCUCCUCCUGCUGGUACAGCCAAUGGAGCAAAGCUGUUCUCUUACUCAAGGUAUAAACCAGGAGUAAACUCUAGUGUGGACAAGUCCACUGUCAAUUCUAAGGAAGCUCCUCGGGGGUCUUCUAGAGGAGGAAGUGGUUUGUCCCGAAAGAGGUUAAUGCCUCGUAGAGCUGAUAAUCAGCAAACACCACCCUCUUCCCUUUAUGAUUUUAAUAAUGUACGGAAAUAA